GACUGAAAUUUAGGGGCGUACCUAUCAUUAGUCAUUACUCUUGUUUCCUCCCAAAUGAGCUCUUAACAGUUAACAACACCAUGCCAGACUUGCCGGUGCCGUAGUCCCUCUCCUCUCACUCUCAUGCUCUUUCCUUUCCGACACAACUCCUUUCCUGUAUUUCCGUACACCUACCUCUCCUUCUUCAGAUGGCUCUGUACCGGAACCCCAAUCACCGGAGCUUCUUCUUUUCCUCCUCCCGCUCAUGCCCAAAACCGGCUAAACUAUCUCCGUAUGUUCUUUCGUUUGGGCAUGCAGUUGCAGAAUUAUCAGACCAACGAUUACGAACUCGCAUUGCUCUCCGCUCUGAGGACUAUCUCUUCCAUCUCCGACGUUUUUCUCGGCCAGCAAAUCCAUUCUCGUGUGUUGAAAUCUGGGCUCGGAUUUAAUACUUUUAUUACCAACAGUUUGAUUAGUAUGUAUGCCAAAUGUGGGGUCAUUGAAGAUGCUCGCUCCUUGUUUGAUUCUUGUGCUAGCUUGGAUACUGUCUCUUGUAACAUUAUGAUAUCUGGGUAUGUUAAAUCAGGGAAUUUGAACAAUGCCCGCCAACUGUUUGAGAUUAUGCCUUGGAAAGAUUGUAUCUCUUACACAACUAUGAUCAUGGGUCUUGCCCGAAAUGAAUGUUGGACUGAAGCAAUUGAAGCUUUUAAGGACAUGAAGUCCGCUGGUAUUUUACCAAGUGACUUGACAAUGUUGAAUAUAAUCUCGGCAUGCUCACACAUCGGUGGGAUUUGGGAUUGCCGAAUUCUCCAUGCAUUGCUAAUCAAGCUGCAGUUACUGAGAUUCGAUUUUGUUUCCACAAAUUUGUUGAACUUGUAUUGUGCUUGUUCGAGUGUAGGGGAGGCAAGGAUUUUAUUCGAUGAAAUGCCUGAACUGGACAUAGUUUCAUGGAAUGCAAUGCUGAAUGGGUAUACAAAAGCAGGACUUGUUGAUGUGGCUAAACAAUUUUUUGAGACGAUUCCUACAAAAGAUGUGGUGUCGUGGGGUACAAUGAUUGAUGGCUUUGUGCAAUUGGAAAGAUUAACUGAAGCUCUAACAGCCUUUCGUGCAAUGCUGAGUACUGGAUUGCGGGCCAAUGAUGUUAUGGUUGUAGACUUAGUUUCAGCAUGUGGACGAUUUACAGCAUUUGCGGAAGGUUUGCAGUUCCAUGCUAUGAUUGUGAAGGAAAGUUUCGAUUGUUAUGACUUUAUACAGGCAACUAUUAUCAACUUUUAUUCAGCUUGUGGUAGAACCAUCCUUGCACGUUUGCAGUUUGAAAUUGGCAUCCAGGAUCAUCUACCAUCUUGGAGUGCACUCAUAGCAGGGUACAUAAAAAAUGGAAUGAUUGACCAGGCAAGGGGAUUAUUCGAUGAGAUGCCUGAAAAAGAUGUUUUCUCAUGGAGUGCCAUGAUUUCUGGUUAUACUCAGAAUGAGCAGCCUUAUGAGGCUCUAGAACUCUUCCAUGGAAUGAAAGCUAGUGGGAUUGAAGCAAAUGAAAUUACCAUGGUGAGUGUUUUGUCUGCAAUAGCUAGUUUAGGCACACUGAGAGAAGGAAGAUUGGCCCAUGAAUACAUACAUAGUAACUCCAUCCCUCUUAAUGACAUCUUAAUGACAGCAAUAGUUGACAUGUAUGCUAAGUGUGGGAGUAUAAAUACCGCUGUAGAAAUAUUUCAUCAAUUCUGCGACAAAGUUUCUACCAUCUCACUGUGGAACGCAAUAAUAUGCGGACUUGCCAUACAUGGACAAGCAAAGUUAUCUCUUGAAAUAUUUUCGGACUUGCAGGGGCGUCAUAUCGAACUCAAUUCAAUCACAUUCAUUGGUGUCUUGAGUGCCUGUUGCCAUGCUGGGUUGGUGGAGGUCGGACAGAGACAUUUCAAGAGCAUGAAGAAUGUUUACAACAUAGAACCUGAUAUCAAGCAUUAUGGUUGUAUGGUGGAUCUUUUGGGGAGGGCUGGUAGAUUAGAAGAAGCUGAGGAUUUGAUAAAGAGCAUGCCCAUGGAGGCAGAUUUUGUAUUAUGGGGCACAGUAUUGGCGGCAUGCCGAACUCAUGGGAAUAUCGAAAUAGGGGAAAGGGCUGCAGAGAGUGUAGCCAGAUUGGAACCAUCUCAUGGAGCAAGUAGAGUUCUCUUGGGUAACUUGUAUGCAGAUGCAGGGAGAUAUGAAGAAGCUUUUUCAGUAAGAAGAAGCAUGCUGGUUCUAGGAAUGAUGAAAUCUCCAGGGUGUAGUGGCAUUGUAUAGGUUAUGAUACACUCAAGUGCUUGCAAAAUGCUUGAAAACUUCAGAUUAAUAUGAAGGACGAAGACGAACAAUGAUCAAACUUUCCCUAUUGACUUAUCCUUGCUUUGUUGAGUUGACACAUUUAGUUUUGCUAAAUGAAGAGAACAGAAUAAACGGAUAAGUCAAAAUUAGGUUGACCUUCAAUGUCCAUCACCUCCAGGAGCUACCUUAAACUACUACCUUCUUUGUCGAAAACUGUUGUGGUGCCUGCUCGGACAAGUGCAGUAAACCUGGAUGAAGGGGCAUAGAGAAGGCUAUGGAGUUCGAUUAGAAAUUGCAGAAUAAGUACUCCAUCAAGAGCCACUCCAAGAAGAUGGAUAAGUUGCCUUGAAAUGGUGGUUGGGAGGCUACCUAAGGAGAGCUGAAGGUCCAAGCUGCCCCUUCACCAAGCUUGAGGGCUAGGGCCGCAAGUGCUGUUGGCUGCAUUAGAAGUUAGUUUGCUUUGAUUCCAUAGCAACCAUUUCUCACUUUCCUUUGAUCACCUUACAUUUAUUUGGAUCACUGUUUUUGAGUUACAGCUUUGAAUCUCACUUGAUACUUCUCAUAAUUGGAUUCCGUAGUUGUAUUUAAUCCACUGAUUUAUUCUCUUAAAAAUUUCUUAACUACUUAUGUAUAUAAAAAAGUUUUUAGCAUAAAUACCUUAUUUUAAGGUUUAUUAUCUUAGACAAUUUAGACAUUGAGAAAUUAU